GCUUCAGUAUUUACUGGAUGUGACAAGCAGAGAGAAGAGCUUUCAGCGGGGCCGCUUGCUGCCUGGCUCAAGUGGUGGGAGAGCGCCUUAACCCGCAGCCUCUCUGACCACCCAGUUGGCAAAGACCCUCAGGCCAUGAGGACUGGCCAAAGACAGUGAGAGGACGUGCAAGGGUAAAUUCCUGAGCCCCGCAGUCUUAUUUGCUGCCCUGACGUCCCUGCAAACCAGCCCAAGGGUUAACCGUAAGCGGAUGCCUGUAUGGCGGCCUUACUGAUGCCACGCAGGAACAAAGGGAUGAGGACUCGACUGGGAUGCCUGUCUCACAAGUCAGACUCGUGUAGUGAUUUCACAGCUAUUCUUCCAGACAAACCCAACCGCGCUCUCAAGAGAUUAUCCACAGAAGAAGCUACGAGGUGGGCAGAUUCCUUUGAUGUGCUUCUCUCUCAUAAGUAUGGGGUGGCUGCAUUCCGUGCCUUCUUGAAGACGGAGUUCAGUGAGGAGAACCUGGAGUUCUGGUUGGCCUGUGAGGAGUUCAAGAAGACCAGGUCAACAGCAAAACUGGUCUCUAAGGCCCAUAGGAUCUUUGAGGAGUUUGUGGAUGUGCAGGCUCCACGGGAGGUAAACAUUGACUUCCAGACCCGAGAAGCCACGAGGAAGAACAUGCAGGAGCCGUCCCUGACUUGCUUUGACCAAGCCCAAGGAAAAGUACACAGCCUCAUGGAGAAAGACUCUUACCCCAGGUUCCUGAGGUCCAAAAUGUACUUAGAUCUGCUGUCCCAAAGCCAGAGGAGGCUCAGUUAGACCUCAGAAGUGGACUCCUGGAAAUCACUGGCUUUCCCCUCCUCUUGCUGCCAAGAUCAUAUUCUAAUGUGAAAUGUCAUAGGUGUUCAAAAGUGGUGGCAUUGGGGGUGAGAGGCUGGGGGUGAGGAGGAAUGAAGGGCCAUUCCAAAGUAUGACCCAGCUGCUGGAGCUUGGACUCUAUUCCAUUUACCCAUGUUUGUGUUUUGGUUAGUGGUAGCGCCUUGCCGCUGUCACCCUUUUCUGGGUCAGCAACUCGCCCUUCAUAAUGCCUUGGGUCACCUCUGCUGAGAGGGCAGAUUUGCUGUGCUAGGCUAAUCUGUAAAUAAUGCAAAUGCAAUUCCCACCACCUCCACACCCUCCUCAGUUAGGAUUCCUGACUCCACUUGUUGUAAAUCCCUGGGAGGAGUAGCUGAAAGACUUGGGCUCCACUCUGUGAUUUGUAGUGGCCAGCUCUGCUCACUGGGACCUCACAGCUUAGGAGAGAGGUUUCUGUGGAAUUCCAAGUUUCUAGUGCUGUCAUUGACAGGUGACCUCUCAGAGAAGGAGUGAAAUCCAUGGAGUUGUUUGUUUCUUCCAUUUCCAUUGGACCAGUGUGAAAAACUGUGAUUACUUUCCAUCUUGGCCUA